UUUUGGCAAGAAGUAAAAAUGGCGCCCAGCUCGAAAUCGGAGAAAGACGAGCAGAAACAAAAACAAAAACAGCAGCGAAAACAGAAAGAGCACGUCGUCAAAGUCCUCACACGGGGGAAGCUCUACGGCCAACUGUCUCAGCGACUUUUCCGGAAGCUUCCACCUCGCGUCUGUGUGCCGCUGAAGUCUAUAGUCAGUGAGGAGUUCCUUAGAGCAGGUCAUAUCUUCUUAGGCUUUACGAAGUGCGGGCGCUAUGUUUUGUCCUACACCAGCGACUGUGGUGAGGAUGAUGAUUUCUCCUUCUACACAUACCACCUGUACUGGUGGGAGUUCAACCUGCACAGCCGCCUCAAACAGGUGCACCACGUACGUCUGUUUGCAGGCGAAGAUAUCUACAGUGAACUCUAUCUGACUGUGUGCGAAUGGCACAAUGACCACUCUAAGAUCGUCAUCUUUGGCUUCAAUACACGCAGCAGCAGUUCAGCUUUGAUGAACAUGAUGAUGAGUGAUGAGAAUAACAGAGACAUUUACAUCACCAUUGCCUCCAUGCCUCCUGCCAAACCCUGCCAGCAGUGCUGCCCUGUACCUACUGCAUCUACUAUACGUACAGGAGGAGAGUGUCUGGAGCACGGUUAUGUACUAAACGCACGUUAUCAGGUGGUCUAUCCAUUCCCCACCUUCCAGCCAGCUCUGCAACUGAAGAAGGAUCAGGUCAUCCUUCUUAACACCAGCUACUCACUAGUGGCCUGUGCCAUCUCCCUCUGCUCUGGAGGGAAGCAAGAGACGGAUGGGCAGAAUAAUCAAAUCUUGUACAGGAAGAGGGAAGCUCAUUCUUCCUCCUCUCUUCAUCCACCCAGUCCUUCAUCUUCAUCCUCAUCUUCUUCCUCUCAUGGGUCACCUGACCGCAGACAGACCAACCCCCACCCCACACCGCUGUCACCCAGCCGCUCUCAGGCUGCCGUGAGGGCGCGAGAGUUUGCAGCGGACAUUUUCCGCCGAGCGCAGGCAGCUGGGACGGAGGGAGAGAGUGAGCGGUGCCGAAGAGAAAACGAUGGAAAGGAGAAGGCAGAGUUGAAAGACCAAGGCUCACACAGGCCCUCUGGAGAAAUAGAGCGAAGAACAAGAGAGAAAGAGGAUGAUAAAGUGAGCCUUCCAGGGCCGUCCACUUCAGGUAGGACCCAGAGUACGUCAUUGUCCCCGGAGCAGGAGGACGCUAACACGAUCAUGUCUCCAGCGUCCACUUCCUCUGCCUCCUCGUUGUCACCUCGAGCUUCAUCAUCACCAUCCUCAUCAGAGCCUGGAUAUGUGAACUACACACGGCUCAGAUACCGACUCCAGCAGUCAGCGUCAUCAGAGCAGGAGAACGAAGAAGAGGAUGAUAAGGUUCAGCUGCCUUUCACCGUCUCGGACCUGAAGGGACGAAACCUGCAGCUGGUGACGGGACAUUACGCCGGACAGUGUGUGUGCGUAGAGCAAUUAACUCUGGAUUUUGAGUAUCUGAUCAAUGAGGUCAUCAGGAACGAUGCUGAGUGGGCCUCACAGUUCUGCUCUUUUAGCGACUAUGAUGUUGUCAUCCUAGAGGUUUGCCCGGAGACGAAUAUAGUGGUGAUAAACAUUGGUCUUCUGCUGCUGGCCUUCUCCAACUGUGAGGAGGAACACAGCAGGCCUAAAUCGUAUCAUUCCAGUCUGCAGGUCAGCUGGGAUCUGAAUACAGGGGCCUGCUGUACCGUGGGCGUUGGUGACCUCAUAGAGGUCAAAGGUCAAACAAGCGGGAGUGUGUGGAGUUCUUACAGAAAAUCAUGUGUAAACACAGUUAUGAGGUGGCUCGUUCCUGAGAGUAGCUCUCGCUACAUCAACCGCAUGACCAAUGAAGCCCUGCACAAAGGCACUUCUCUUCAAGUACUUGCUGACAGCGAUAGAGGCACAUGGAUCGUCCUCUGAGAAAACUCCUAGAAUGACACAGUAACAAACAGGGAGAGCAGUUUUGGGGGGGGAGAAGUCCAUAAAACUCCCACAAGUUUUCAGUCCUGCUUUUGAGGGGACCCCCCUUGUCCAUGGUUUUGUUCAACCUUAUUCCAGAUCUAGGUAAUACAGGACUGUAGAACCUUUUUCUUUUGACAAACUCAAGUGUGAAAGCUACGUAGAGAUUGAGGGGACUGGAGACCGAAGUCCAGUGAACUGUAAUUGUUGCUGCUACACAAUGGAAGCUGCACUAGAACGUACAGACAGUCAUACCAACCCGUGCUGCCCGUCUGUUAUCACAGCUGGAAUGAACAAAGUGUCUAAAGUUCUUUUAUAUACAUUUUUAGUUGUAUUUUGUAUUAUUUUUUUAGUGUGUCCUAUUUGUGUGCAUGUUCAGCUCAUAAGUUUUUCAUUCACCUAACUUAAUGGGACUGUUUACCAUCAGUAUAAAUCAGGGACCUAUAAGUCAGUCUUGUUAGCUUGCUUACCAGACCUCCAGCUACCUUUCUGUAGAUUUGAAUCCUAAAUUCAGAUGUAAUACAACUUGAUGUAGAUUAUUGAAGUCUUCUGGAUUGUUUGGUUGGUUCUUUUGAGUUAACUUUAGCUUGAACCAAUUGACGGUGACCAUUGAUUCAAACAGGUCUCCAGCUGAUUAGCCAAAACCUGGCUUUAUAAUGGCUAAAUAACUACAGCGUAAGUGGUGAAAUUGGCUUCAGAUGACCUCAUUUUGAGUUUUGGUCAUUCCCAAGUGUCCAUUUAAACUUCCAAAAAAUAGAUCCUAACAACCACCAGUUAGAAUGAUGUCAGGGCUGAUUAGUGACUUUUCACUUUCAUUAAUUUCUAGCAACAUUAGCAGCAGCUUUUUAAUGGAUCUAACGUCUUUAGAGCAUCAGUUCUACUACGUUUGCGUGAGUCAGAUGGUUUUUUUUUUUUUUUUUUUUUUUUUGUUAAUUCAUUAUUUACUGGUUUUUUCACCACCAUCCAUAACAUUGUCUGAACCCUUGACCAGAUCGCUGAGAGAUAUUAUGAUCUGUAAGCAUGUUUGAACAGUAAGUCCUGGAGACUGCAGAAGGUAUUUGGCCUGUGUUUUGGUCACUGGAAGCUUCAUCAUGGGUGAUUUUCCCCAAGCAGAAAAUUCAGGUCCAGAAUUCACAUUGUUCAGUAGAACAGCAGAUUUUCUACACCCUCUGUCCACUUUAUCAGCUCCACUUACUGUGUAGCUGCACUUUGUAGUUCUACAGUUACAGACUGUAGUCCAUCUGUUUCUCUGAUACUCUGUUACCCCCUUUUACCCUGUUCUUCA